AUGGCUACUUCCAAUACCUUACCACGGGCGAUACGCGCGUCGGUUCCUUCAGAGCAAAACGGCGACGGAAACUUGGCCCAAGUGUUAGAAAGUCUGGAUCUGGACGGCACAAGACGAAACCUUCAGAAUGUUAAAGCUGUUGCUCUACUGAACCCGGAGAUCAAAUCGAUUGCAAUUGAGCGGGGCCGACAGCGAGAAAAUGGGCAAAUUAUGGGACCUUUACACGGCGUCCCGUUCCUGGUAAAAGAUACCUUCGUUACCAUGGAUGAAAUGGACACAACAGGAGGUUCUUAUGCGCUCCUUGGAGCCAAGUAUGAAGUAGAAUCUACCGUCAUUUCACGACUUCGCGAAGCAGGAGCAAUCAUUCUUGGAAAAACGAAUAUGAGUGAAUGGGGAUGGUCGAGAUCACCAAAAUGCCCCAAUGGAUGGUCAGCCUUAUGGGGACAAGCCCUUGGAGGGUUUCAUGAAAAACAAGAUCCGGAAGGGUCUUCAUCUGGCAGUGCAAUUGCAGCAUGCAUGAAUAUGGCUAGCUUUACGUUAGGAGGCGAAACAUGUGGGAGUAUUCUGUCCCCUGCAAAAAGAAACGGUGUUGUGGGAUUGAAACCUACGAUUGGCUUGACAUCACGAGCUGGGACACUUCCAGUGAACCCUGAAUAUGAUACUGUUGGCCCGAUUAGUCGGUAUGUCAAGGAUUGUGCUAUCAUCCUUCAGGCCAUUGCCGGGAGAGACGAGCAUGACUCGGCCACAGCAGAUAUACCUUUUGACAAAAUACCGAGUUAUGCGGACUUUUAUAGUACAGACGGGUUAGUUGGAGUACGCAUUGCAGUACCAAGGUCGAUCUACAAUGUCGCAGAUUCGGAUCUUGAGGUUGGAGUGGCAUUCCGAGAGGCGGUGGAAAAGAUCCAAUCUCUUGGUGCCGUAAUUGUUGAUGAUAUAGAUUUCAAUCUCUGGAAACCUGGUAGUGAGCAGCGUGAGGGUGUUUUCGGCAAUGUGCUCCUGAGAGAAGCAUUUGAAAAGUUUUUCGGACAAGUUGAAACUCAUCCCCACGAAAUCAAAAAUAUCUCUGAUCUAAUUACAUUCACGAAAGCGACACUGAAAGAACAUGCGAGUGAUGUUCAUAUCACCUCCAAGGAUGAUGAGUUCUCGAUUAUCAAAAGUCGCAUGGAGGCUCUUGGUGAAGAUCUCGUCCAUAUGCUCGAUACACAUGGGUGUGAUGUUCUUCUGGCAACUUCAUCGGCCGAUCUACCGCUUGACCUCGGCAGACUUCCUGGGAUUUCCGUACCUUUGGGACUCUACUCGAAGGACAGGUGUGUUGUGACAGACUCAAAGGGAUUGGUAACUGAAGGGCCCAAUAUACCCUUUGCCAUCACAUUUACUGGUCGAAGAUACAGCGAGCAGAAAUUAAUAGCCUACGCCUAUGCUUUUGAGCAAGCUACUCUUGUUGUGGAGCAAAACAAGGACAGACUGAUUAUUCAACCGGGUAAAAACCUUAGAAAAUGA